CGUAUCACAUGACAAGCUUAUGAUUUUGUCUGACAUGUUGUCUGAAUGCCGGAGACAUUUUGCGUAUUUUGUGUGGCACCUGUGUCAAAUCUGAGACGUAUUUGCAUUGCAAAUCACCACCGGUUUCAGCUGGUGACACGUUAAAAGAUUUUAUGCGAAUUGCUUUGCUCGUUACACAUUUUUUAUCCACGAAAAAGUUGAAUUCCAAAAUGAUCAGUCUCGAAUUCUCGAACCACAUCAAGACCUUCGACUUCAAGAGUCAAAGAAGCGAAUUAGAACGAGAAGCGAUCGAAAAAGUAAUUGCUGGGCAGUCGUUGUUUCCGUUGUUCGAAAACCACCAUUUGACCUUCGAGGAACAAAGGCAACUCAUGAAGACAAAACUUGGAUAUCCUCACAGAGGGGAAGAGAGCAGCCUUUUCUUAUUGGCUGUGGUAUGCGGUCACGUGGACUUGGCCAAAAGUCUCAUUGAAGGGAAGCUUGUUGACAUUGAAGAGCAAGGAACAGUUUUAGUGGGUUGCUGCACAGAUGACAAUGUCAAAACCUGUAGUUUUGGCUAUGAGAUUGGUGAGGAUGUAACACCUUUGUGGUGUGCGGCAGCAUGGUGUAAAUUUGACCUCGUCAAGCUUCUUGUUAGCAAUGGUGCAAAUAUCAAUCAUAAAUCAAGGGUCGGCUCCAACCCUCUCUUCAUGGCAUGUCAGUAUUUUCAUUCAAACAGAGCACGUCAGGUACUUCUAGGAAAACCGGACGUACCCAUCCAGCUUGAACUUGUGAAGUUCCUUGUCGAAAAUGGAGCUGAUGUUGGAGAAGUGGGCAGAAAUGGCAAUACCCCUUUGACUGUGGCAGCCUUGUCUGGAUAUAAGGACCCAUCACUGGUGGUGUACCUGCUGGAACAAGGUGCAGACCCAAAUGCUAAUAAUUCCCAUGGUUCCAGUGCACUGCACUUUGCUGCAGAGAAGGGUUGUUUGGAAACAGUGAAGGAGCUGGUUAAGCAUGGAGCUCAGCUGGAUGUAGUUGAUGCAGAAGGACUGACUCCCCUGCAGCGAGCUUGCUGUGGAUGUCAUGAUGAAGUGGUUGAGUGGAUCAUUUCACAGCCUGAUCGCAGUAGAGAGCAGAAGAUUGAUGCCCUGGAACUUCUUGGUGCCUCCCAUGCAACGCUUAUUGACAUAGAAGACAUUGAGUAUCCUAGUGAAGGGCAAAGUGAGGGAGAGGGUGAUGAUGAUGAUAGCACAUCCAUCCAACAUGGAUAUCAGCUGAUGCUAAGAGCAACAAAGGAGCGUUUCAGACCUCCUAUUAUCACAAAGCAAAACGUGAAGCCCCCUUUGGUUCUUUAUAGCAAUCAAGCAGAAAGCCAGAGCCUUAAAGAACUUGAGGCAUUGAGUAUGAACAAUGAAGCCAUUCGCAUGGAGGGUUUCAUCAUCAGAGACAGGCUACUUGGUGCUCUUCAUACACCAGAACUUCUCCAGCCACUUUUACACAAAGCUGUGGUUUUAGCCCACAAAGGUGACCUCAAGAUGGCUGCUUCUUUCUACAGCCAUGCCUUAUCAUACAAAUUGGUAUCUUCUCUUGAAAGCAAAGAAAUCUUGAGAAGAUUCCUUGUGCACUUGGCAUGCAUGAUUGAAACCAAAGUACAUUUGAAGAUUGCCGAUCUUGAGCCAGCUUAUCAGUUUAUAUCAGCUUGGCUUGGGCUUUUGGCAAAGAAAGAGGAACACCAGAGUGUUUCUUCUUUUGAGUUCCAAGAGCACAAAUGGGCUUUUGACCAUGAUCUUCUUCUGGCCUUCUAUUUCAUCUGUAUCUUGUGCAAUGUUGAUACUCCAAGUCAUGAAGAAGGCAAAAGGAAGUUAGACAUGGUCAAAGCAAUAGUGGAUCUGAACUUACAGAAUUCACAAGGUUCUGACCUGCUUCAUUUGGCAGUCUGGGAUUCAAUUAUCGAAGUUCACAACAAAGUCUCCAUGAAUGAAAUAUUCAGAGUACCCAACAGAAAAGUAAUAGAAAUUCUACUGCAAUGUGGCACAGAUAUCAAUUCUCAAGACCGGGCAGGAAAUAGCCCCCUUCACAUUCUUGCAACAGUCGACUCGAAACUGGCUAUUGUUCCCAAAGAUUUCAAAGAAAAUGGGGGAAAGGAGUAUGUGGACUUCUUUCUUAGAAAUCAUGCAAAAUUAGAUUUGAAAAAUUCAGUAGGAGAAAGGCCAGUAGAUGUGGCAGUAUCUGAAAUUACAAAAGGACUUCUUCAAAACUUGUGAACUGGAGGUGCAGUAGUGAAUGUACUGUCAAUUUCUGAACAAGAUUUUCAAUUGGUUGGGUCUAGAUAAAGUCUGUGUUCAAGCCUACUGGCCCAACAGUUGUCCAAAAAUUUAAAAUUAACCCCUCAAUUGAGGAGACCAAUCUGGAUGUGGUUCAAGCUUAAUUUGAGCCUAAAAGAUGCCACUUUAAAACAUGCCAAACUAUUUGAAUGACGUUGCAUAUUAAUUAAUUAAUUAAUUAAUUACACUGUAUGCAUCAUUUUGUACAUGGUGUCAUGACGACUCUGAAAUACCAUUCUAUUUAAUUGCUUACAUGUAUUUUGACACAAAUGCUUUUUUUGAUAUUUCCUCGAGUGCAACCCUAUAUGAUAUUUAUACGUUGACAGCUAAAAAUAGUGGUGUUUCGUCCUGAAUGCCUUAGGUGAGACUGGAAAUCUGUGAUUUACACCCCUAAGCAAGGCGACAAACAUCCCUGACCUUUCACAUGGGAGUCCCCCCGCACCCCACCUGGGCUUGUGGUUUCUUUCAAUGAUUUUAAGUGAUUAGUGGCCUAGUAGCUCACCACAAGUCUUUCUGGAUCAUAGCUCAGUGGACAUAGCAUGUGACUGGUAUGCAGAAUACUCCUGUCAGGGACUCAAUUUUUACCUUUUUCAUUUGUGAAUUAUCACUUACCAAAAUUUCAGAGAAAUAUUAUACACGUACAUAUAUCACUAAUAGAAUUGAUAGGUAAAUAAAUAAAUUAAGUAAGUAAUUAAUAAAUAAUUCAAUAAAAUUUGUAUUAGUGUUCUUACAAAUCCGGACAUAAGUAUGAGGGUGCUACAGACCCUGUUUUCUGAUUUUUUUUACAUAUCUAUAUUGUAACCAUCUUUGCAGGAAGUUCACACUCAAUGUUAUAUUAGUGUUCUUUCAAAUCCAGCUCUUUACUUGUAUGUAAAGGCUCAUUUCAAAGCUCUUAAUGUCUAGCAUAUUGGCAAUAUUGAUAUUAGCGGUAACAUCUUGAAACCAGUAGUGACUGUCCUUAUCUUUAUUUGUCAAGAGGUCAUGCUUGUAUGUAUGAGUAUUAUGGGCAGAUUUAGGGAAGGCUGAGGGCACUGUAAGCCCCAUUCACCCCCUGCCCGUUCUUGGUUUCUUAAGUUUUUUUUUAAACAGUGUAACCGUGUUUUGAAUGGGAUUGUAGGAUGUUCAUUUGUUGUGGGUGCAGGGUAAGGUCACCCUCUUGCCAGUUUCCACCUGAGAUCUUGGCUCAUUAUUUUUAGAUUGCAAGCCUAUCUGUAUAUUCUUGGGUUCUAAGUUAUAUACUUCUAAAAGUUUUUUUAUACUGGGAGGCCCGGGCAUUAAGUAGUACCGUUUGGUAUAUACCACACAAGUGAAUAGUGCUUUUCGCGCGCUCAGAUUGGUUAAGCCCGAGGUGAUUAACAAGUACCAUUCACCUCUACUUCGGUGAAUAGUUGUUAAAUAUUUGUAUUUUCGCAUCGUUUUAUUCCGUAUUUAGCUUUUCAUCUUUGCCAUACGUUAUUCUAUUAAAGACCGUUUUCAUUUGA